AUGAGUCGACGUGACUUCUUGUCCAUGCCCGCGCCCGAAAACUAUGUGGCUGGUUUGGGCAGAGGAGCUACGGGCUUCACGACCCGGAGUGACUUGGGUCCUGCUCGUGAGGGGCCGUCAGAGGAGCAAAUGAAGGAGAUGCUGGCAAAGCGUGCGGCAUCCUUGGGUCAAGCAGCGCCUUCUGCGUAUGGAGUCACAGAAAAGAAGGAGGAGGAGAGAGACGAGGAAGAAGACCGAUUCCAGGAUCCUGACAAUGAGGUCGGCCUAUUCUCAAGUGGUAUGAACUACGACAAGGAGGACGAUGAGGCAGACCGCAUCUACCAGGAAGUAGACGAGAAAAUGGACAAACGCCGCCGAGCCAGAAGGGAAGCUCGAGAGCAACAAGAACGUGACGAAUACGAACGUAACAACCCGAAAAUCCAGCUUCAGUUCGCCGAUUUAAAACGAGCCCUCGGUGGCGUUUCGGAGGAGGAGUGGGCAGCGCUGCCAGAAGUUGGAGACAUGACAGGAAAAGCAAAGCGUGCACGUGAAGCUCGUAUGGCCAACUCGCGGUCAUAUGCUGUUCCGGAUAGUGUAUUGGCCGCCGCAUCGAAAAGCGGUGAACUUGAUACCUCGAUAUCUUCCGACGCUGAUGGCAUGACUACCAACCUUGCGAGUAUCGGUGCUGCUCAGCUGUCUGCGCUGACUGUACGACUCGACUCGGCGGCGAGUGCGCCUGGCUCGCAAACCACGACGACUUCAGGGACAACAACAUCUGUAGACCCCAAAGGAUACAUGACUGCUCUGAGCAGGAAGGAGGCAAUGGGUGGUGAAGUGCCAGUAGAAGAUAUUAACAGAGCCCGCGUUCUGCUAGAGUCGGCCGUCAAGACCAACAUACACAAUGGUCCUGGUUACGUUGCGCUGGCACGCCUCGAAGAGGUGGCUGGAAAGAUUCAUACUGCUAAAAAGGUUAUUGCUCGGGGAUGCGAAUUGUGCCCGAAAUCCAUCGUCGUUUGGGAGGAGGCUAUCCGGUUGAAUCGCGACAAUCUGCACAACGCGAAAAUCAUCGCAGCGAACGGCAUCAAACAGAACCCUAAGGCUGUGAAGCUGUGGGAAGCUGCAAUUGACCUGGAACAGACACAGGCAGCCAGAAAAAAGGUUACCCGUCAGGCUUUGGAUCAUAAUCCUCAGAGUGUGGAGCUGUGGAAGACACUCAUCAACGACACAGAAGAGUUGGAUGCCGUUCGCCUCCUAUUCGCCAAAGCAACAGAGACCAUACCACUCGCUGAAGAGUUAUGGGUUUCUUACGCGCGUGUUUCAGAACCGGAAGCUGCACAACAGAUUCUUAACAAAGCGCGCAAGGCCAUCCCAACCAGUUGGGCCAUUUGGAUUCACGCCUGCAGACUCCAAGAAGAGCUUGGCAAGGUGGAUAUGUUGGACAUGAUUAUGAGCCGAGCUGUCAAAUCCCUUAUCAAAGAGAACGCCAUGAUCAAGCGGGAAGAGUGGAUUGCACAGGCGGAGAUUUGUGAGGAGCAAGGGGACAAGGGAACAGCAGCUGCCAUAAUCAAGGCAACUGUUGGCUGGGGUCUCGACGAGGACGACGAUCGCAGGGAUGUGUGGCUAGAAGACGCUAGGAGUGUUUUGAACAGGAACAAGCCAGAGACAGCUAGAGCGAUCCUGGGUUUCGCUGUCGCCGUCUUCCCGUACAGCACCACAGUUUGGCACGCGUCUACGGAUCUUGAAAAGCACCAUGGCACGACGGACACACUGCUGAAUGUUCUGGAACGCGCGGUAAACGCUUGCCCGAACUCGGAGUCUCUGUGGUUGCUGUACGCUCGAGAGAUGUGGCAGUCAGGAAACCCUGAGGGUGCUCGCAAGGUUUUGGGCCGAAGUUUCGAGGCUCUACCAGGUAACGAAAUGCUGUACACUCGCGCCGUCGACUUCGAAGUAGACGCUGGUAAUUUCGAUGAGGCUCGACAGUUCCUCAAAGUGGCCCGUGAAUCAGCUGCUACUGACCGAAUCUUCAUGAAGUCUGCGGUGCUCGAGCGACAGCUAGAGAAUUACGAGACUGCGAUCGACAUUUGCAAUCAGGGACUGCAAAACUGGCCGGGUAGCUGGAAGUUGCAUGCUGUCAAGGGACAGGUGUAUGAGCAGUUAUCGAAGCUGCCUGAAGCUCACGAGGCCUUCAGUAUCGGUACACGUGCGGUACCAAAAGCGCCAGUUCUGUACAUCCUCCUCUCCCGUCUACAAGUCAAGCAGGGCGCGGUUGUUAAAGCGAGAUCAACGCUAGAUCGUGGCCGACAGCAGAACCCAACGAGCGAGGAUAUACUUCUUGAGCAGGUCCGACUGGAGCGUCGCCAAAACAACAUGAAUGCUGCUCAGCAACUCAUGGCUGGUGCUCUGCAAAAGUGCCCCAACUCAGGUAAACUGUGGGCGGAGAAGAUCAUGCACCUUGAAAAUCGUACGCAGCGGAAGCCGCGUGCACUUGAAGCCAUCAAGAAGGUCGAGAAGGAUGCACAACUAUUCGUUGUUGUUGCACGUAUCUUCUGGUCUGAGCGACGACUUGACAAGGCGGCAACGUGGUUCGUCAAGGCAGUCACUCUCGACAGCGACUAUGGCGACGCGUGGGUAUGGUACUACAAGUUUUUGGAGCAGCACGGCACCGAAGAAAAGAAGCAGGACACAUUGUCCAAGGUUGCGUUGGCUGAGCCCAAGCAUGGAGAAAUAUGGCAGUCGGUGGCUAAAGACCCGAAGAAUGCACGUCUGGGCGUUGAGGAGGUUCUCAAGCUUGCGGCGCAGAACGCAGAGUAG